AUGGAACACAAAAGUUUCGUGUCGCAAAACCUCAUCCGCCUCACGGGCGCGUCAGACCCUACUGUCGUCGACUUCGUUCUCGCAACCGCCAGCUCAUCCAAGUCAACCUCCUCCCUCACAGAUACGCUUUCAUCCUUCCUCGACGCUCCCAAUUCCGCCGAUGUCGGUACCUUCGCUCGAGAUCUCCAUAGUCGCAUGGGCAAGGGCCCCCAACCUGCGUCCGUGGCCAAGCCUGCGGUGAACAAAGAAUCAUCAAAAAAGAAAUACCGCCUAGUGGAAAUGGACGAAGAUCAACCAGAUCCCACCUCAUUAGGACCCAUUAAUGUCGAGGCUGACCGCGAGCGAGAGCGACGGAAAAGACGCGAGAGAGACAGUGAUAAGGACAGAAGUAGGAACAAGCGCGAGGAGCCCCGAAGCCGAGAAACAGACGACAGUCGAAAACGCGAUCGUAGUCGGGAUGGGGAGAGCCGCGACCGACCGCGCACCAAAAAGCUCCGCAAGAAAGAUGAUGACUUCGAGGAUAGAUGGGGCGACGAGGAAAUCCCCGAAGACCAAUAUGAGGGCGAACAGGAGGGAUUCGAAGAGUCACCCUCGAAGCGGACACGACUUGACGAUGGCUCUGCUUCGCCCCGUCCGGCGGACGAUAUCGAUCCCAAGACCCAGGAAGAGAUUGAUCGCCAGCGAGAUCUGCGCGAACGAGACGAGUUCGCGAAGCGGUUGGCCAGCAAGGACAAUAGCAAAACGAAGAAGAUUGUGGAGGACCGCACGCGCGAUGGAGAGGCUGCACGCCGGCGUGCGCUGGCGGAUGAUGCCAGUUCGCGGGCUGCGAUGAUGCCUGAUUUGCGGGAGAGAUCUCGACAGGAGUACUUGAAGAAGCGUGAGACGGAACGUCUGGCGCUGUUGCGACGACAGGUUGUCGAGGAAGCUGCUGAGUUGCGCGAGAAUCCUAAUCUUUCUCGAAAGGAGAAAGAGGAGUUUGCGCGCAACAGAGAGGUCCUCCGGAUUGCCGAGGAACGACUUCGAAUAGACGACCACCGUGAUGGGUACAUGAUGCCCGACGACUAUAUUACGGAGAAGGGAAAAAUCGAUCGCAAAAAGAAGGAAGACGCUCUGUAUAAGCGGUACGUUGAGCGUGAUGAGCUGGGCCAGGAACGGUUCGUGACUGAGCACGAGGAAUGGGAGCUCGAACAAGCUGCCAAGGCUAAGGCGCAGAUUAAGAAGGCUGAGUUUGUUGAUGAGGGAGACUAUGAAUAUGUUUUCGACGAUUCACAGCAGAUCAACUUUGUUAUGGAUGCCAAGCUUGAUGGGACGCAGAAGCCGAUGACCAAGGAGCAACUUCAAUUCAAGGAGCAGGUCGAUGCAGCCGAAAAGAAGGCUACUACUAUGGAAGAGACCCGUAAGAGUCUACCUAUCUACCAAUUCCGUGAUCAGAUCAUCCAGGCCGUGGCCGACCAUCAGGUCCUGAUCAUUGUUGGUGAAACCGGUUCUGGAAAGACGACCCAAAUCCCGCAGUAUCUCCAUGAGGCCGGUUAUACGAAAGACGGUCUGAAGAUCGGGUGCACACAGCCGCGACGAGUUGCUGCCAUGAGUGUUGCUGCGCGUGUGGCAGAGGAAAUGGGCACGAAGAUCGGAAAUGAGGUUGGCUAUGCUAUUCGAUUUGAAGACAAUACGAGCGACAAGACCAUUCUCAAGUACAUGACUGAUGGAAUGUUGCUGCGAGAACUGUUGACCGAGCCUGAUCUGAGUCAGUACUCGGCUUUGAUGAUCGACGAGGCUCACGAACGGACGGUGCCGACUGAUAUUGCCUGUGGUCUGCUCAAGGAUAUUGCAAAGGCACGACCUGAUUUGAAGCUUCUCAUUUCCUCGGCCACUAUGGACGCACAGAAGUUCCAGAAGUACUUUGACGAUGCACCUAUUUUCAAUAUUCCUGGUCGUCGCUACCCUGUUGACGUGCACUACACUUCGCAGCCCGAAGCCAAUUAUCUCGCUGCGGCCAUUACUACCGUCUUCCAGAUCCACGUCACCCAGGGUCCUGGAGACAUUCUGGUUUUCUUGACUGGUCAAGAGGAAAUUGAAGCUGCGGAGCAGAGUUUACAAGAAACAGCUCGAAAGUUAGGGAGCAAGAUUCCGGAGAUGAUCAUUGCUCCCAUCUAUGCCAACUUGCCGUCCGAGCUACAGACCAAGAUCUUUGAGCCUACACCACCUAAGGCGCGAAAGGUGGUCCUUGCCACCAAUAUUGCUGAGACCAGUCUGACCAUCGAUGGCAUUGUCUACGUCAUUGACCCCGGCUUCGUCAAGGAAAAUGUAUUCAACCCCCGCACAGGUAUGGAGAGCCUGGUAGUUACACCAUGCUCGCGAGCCUCAGCCAACCAGCGAGCCGGUCGUGCUGGUCGUGUUGGACCCGGUAAAUGCUUCCGCCUGUACACCAAGUGGGCGUACUACAACGAGUUGGAGGAGAACACCACACCAGAGAUUCAACGGACCAACCUGAACGGUGUCAUCCUGAUGCUGAAAUCACUGGGUAUCGACCAGCUUCUCGACUUCGACUUCAUGGACCCGCCUCCAGCCGAGACCAUCAUCCGCGCCCUGGAGCAGCUCUACGCUCUAGGCGCUCUCAAUGACCGCGGCGAACUGACCAAGGUUGGCCGACAAAUGGCCGAGUUCCCCACGGACCCAAUGCUUGCCAAAGCCAUUCUCGCCUCCGACAAAUACGGUUGUGUCGAAGAAGUUCUUUCAAUUGUCUCCAUGCUUGGCGAAGGCAGCGCCCUUUUCUUCCGACCAAAAGACAAAAAGAUCCACGCGGAUAGCGCCCGCAACCGCUUCACUAUCAAGGAAGGCGGCGACCACCUCACCCUCCUCAAUGUCUGGAAUCAAUGGGUGGACUCGGACUUCAGCACGAUCUGGGCCAAAGAAAACUUCCUGCAACAGCGCAGUCUCACUCGGGCCCGCGACGUCCGCGACCAACUUGCCAAACUCUGCGACCGAGUCGAGGUUUCUAUCAGUACGUGCGGUGCUACGAAUAUCCAACCUAUUCAGAAAGCUAUUACGGCAGGAUUCUUCCCCAAUGCGGCCAGACUCCAGCGUGGUGGUGAUAGUUAUCGAACUAUUAAGAAUGGGCAGUCGGUGUACUUGCAUCCUUCUAGCACUCUUAUGGAGGUCAAUCCCCGUUGGGUGAUUUACUUCGAAUUGGUCCUUACUAGUAAGGAGUAUAUGCGGAGUAAUAUGCCUUUACAGGCGGAGUGGUUAGUUGAGGUUGCACCGCAUUAUUAUAAGAAGAAGGAUUUGGAGAGCCUUGGGUUGGAUCGGAAGGUAUCUAAGGGACAGGGAGCAGUUGGGGAGAAGAAGUAG